ACGUGCCAGGUGCGUGCGUGCGUGCGUCUCCUCCCCUUCCCUCCCCCCUCCCCCGCGACCCCGGAAUAGCCGAACAGGAAACCUCCUCCCAUCUCGGCAGGCGGCGGCGGCCCAUCGUAUCGGGAAACCGGAGCCCCCCAGCCAGCCACCAAAUCGACAAGACUCGUAGUCCCCCCCCUCGUGCGCUCCCCGUCCCGGCAUUGCCGCCGCUGUCUCCGAGGAGUGGAGGUAGACGCGCCGCCGUUUGUCGAUCGGAUCCUUGCUUUUGCUUGCGGUUGCGGGCGGGGGUUUGGGGUGGCAAUGGGCGCCGCGGCGGGGGAUGGACGGGAGGAGGAAGGGGUGAUGGCGACGGACUUCUUCUGGUCGUACACGGACGAGCCGCACGCGACGCGGCGCAGGGAGAUCCUGGCCAAGCAUCCCCAGAUCAAGGAGCUCUUCGGCCCGGACCCGCUCGCCUUUCUCAAGAUUGCUGCAGUUGUAUCACUUCAGCUAUGGACUGCCACAUUACUCCGAGAUGCUAGUUGGGUGAAGAUACUGACAGUUGCAUAUUUUUUUGGAUCCUUUUUGAACCACAAUCUCUUCCUUGCAAUCCACGAGCUCAGUCACAAUCUUGCGUUCACAACUCCGAGCUACAAUCGCUGGCUAGGUAUAUUUGCUAACCUUCCUAUCGGUGUUCCCAUGUCCAUUACAUUCCAGAAGUACCACUUGGAGCACCACCGUUUCCAAGGUGUUGAUGGAAUUGAUAUGGAUAUCCCCAGCCAAGCAGAGGCGCAUGCUGUUAAGAAUACUCUAAGCAAAUCUGUAUGGGUUGUCUUCCAGCUGUUCUUUUAUGCCCUUAGACCGCUGUUCCUCAAGCCAAAACCUCCUGGCCUGUGGGAAUUCACCAAUUUGAUUAUCCAGAUUGCGCUUGAUGCCAGCAUGGUGUACUUCUUUGGAUGGAAAUCACUAGCUUAUCUGAUACUCUCAACAUUUGUUGGUGGUGGCAUGCAUCCUAUGGCUGGACAUUUCAUCUCAGAGCACUACGUAUUCAAUCCAGACCAGGAGACUUAUUCGUAUUAUGGACCUUUGAAUCUGAUGACAUGGCAUGUUGGAUACCACAAUGAGCACCAUGAUUUCCCAAGAAUUCCAGGAACAAGACUGUACAAGGUAAGGGAAAUCGCACCAGAGUAUUACAACAAUCUGAAAUCAUACAAAUCUUGGAGCCAGGUGAUAUACAUGUACAUCAUGGACCAAACUGUUGGUCCUUUCAGCCGGAUGAAGAGAAAGGCGCCGAAAAAAGAUUCAUAGAUUUAUGCAUUUAGAUUGGUUUGUUUCAGAUGACAUUUUCUGUGCGCAUAUGGUCAUAUAUAUGGUUGUUAGACAUGGUCAUGUGUGCUUGUAUGCAGUGGGAUACAAUACUCGAUAAGUCGAUAUUUCUUUGUUAAUUGUUACUGAUUCAUUUUGUUCCGUCCACACUAGAAGCAGCGUUUCAGUGUUACUGUAACUCAUGAAACUGUAACCAUGGCACCGAAUGAAAAUUUUGUAGUAUCAUCAAUGUAUGGUGUAGAAAA